GAGAGAGAGAGAGAGAGAUAAAGAGAGAAAAAGAGAGAAGAAGAGGUAGAGGAGAGGUUCAAGAGAACAAACGAGUAUUCCCACCAGCUUGAGGAUUCAAAAUAUAUUCAUAUACUCAAAGUCCCUCAGGGAUCUGGAGGUUCUGAAGAAACCCAACGUUUAGAAGAACCAGACCUGGAACAAGAGGAACAAGAGCGAGAACAAGAUAAAGAAGAAAAAAGAAGAGAUGAAGGGAAGUGAAGUGAAGACAUGGCUGCUUCUGCUCCUUGCAGUUGCUCAAACUACUACUGCAGAUUAUCCGGAGGACACUGAAUCUGGAUUUCAAACCGGUAAGGAAUAUGUGACAUUCAGGGACUUGGACGUCAUCCUGACAUGUCCAGAAUCUGACUCGACAGAAAUUACAUGGGGACCCAAAAAUAUUGUAGGUGACGGAACAGAAGGGAUCAUAGAGGAUUAUACAGAAGAUGAAAGCUUGUACUACUGCCAGAAAAAAGGCGAUACUGUUAAACAUUUCUUCUAUGUCAAAGCGAAAGUGUGUAAAGGCUGUGUGGAGAUGAACAAAGGUCUGGUGAUUGCAGCCAUGUUCGGGGACAUUUUGUUCACGCUUGGGGUCAUCCUUGUAAUCUACGCAUGUGCUAAGAAGAAGAACUCAUCUCCAGCUCCUCAGAGAGCUGCACACUCACGCCAGCCGAGUGCUCCUCCUCCUCCUGAACCUGAUUAUCAGAGUCUGAACCAGGCCACGCGCAGCCGAGACAUCUACGCAGAGGCGGGCAGACGGGCACACUGAAGACCAGCUGGAUACAGCAGGCUUAUUUCAGUUUCAGAUUACAACUUUUACAGCAAGUUUUUUUUUUUUUUUUUUUUUAAUU